UCUUCAAUGAUGGGUAUUACUUAAUAGACAAUGGGCAACAAACACUCCAAUGCCAAUAAAUGUCAGUGUCCCAAAAAUGCUCGGAAACACAAGCACCAGUGCAGUGAGAAACAACACGCGAAACAACAGCACUUUCAACAGCAACAGCAACAACAGCAACAACAGCACCACCACCACCACAGCACCUCCGCCCCCCAGCAGGAGAAACAGCACCUUCAGCAGAAGCUACACAGCCCUUAUCACACCAAUGUCGUCCACUGUGGCGGUCCGGGCCAUGCGAGCCAGACGUCAUCAUGGCUGCCCCCUUUGGAGAACUGGGAGGCGGGGGGCGACGCCCUCCCUUACGGGUGGGAGGCCGCCACGGACAAGGAGGGAAAGCCCUAUUUUAUAAAUGCAGUGCGAAUUAGCUCAGUCGCCCCUGUUACCCCCUACCUUAAUUUCUCUGGGGGAGGGGGAGGGGAAGGGGAAAUGGGCGGGAGAGGUAUGGAUCAUGGUAAAGGAGAGGUAGAGAAGAGGAAGGAGGAGGAAGGUGAGGAGAAACGGGAGGCUGGAGGGGGAGGGAGAGGGGAGGUGGAGAAGGGGAAGGGGCAGGGGCAGGGGUGA